UGUGAGGACUAGAGCGAAGGUUGGGGGGUUAUCCUUGGCGUCCCCCCGUCCGGGACCGGACCGAAGAGCCACAGCGCAGGCUAUUAAGGGCCAAUCAGGUGCCGAUAAUGAAAAUCAGAGUCACUAUGACAGGAAUCUCCUCAUUCUUAAACUAAGGCAAAUAAUGCAGACUUUGCAAGACCACUCUGCAGAAGAGAUCCAGCCAAAGAGGUCCCGGCUUUGGGUGGAGCCUGCUCACGUGACAUCUUGCAUUUCCCAAAUCAGAUCGAGAGCACGGAUGGAAAGGGACCCCCCUGAUGGCGCAGGACCCGUGCACGUGCCUUUUGGGCAUGUAGUGGCCAGUGAAAAAUGGCGCGGGUCGCUGGUGGCGCAGGGGAUGCAAGGGAAAAUUAAACUCAUUUUUGAGGAUGGCCUGACAUGGGUAGAUUUUUACCUGUCCAGCAGUUCCUGCAUUCUUUAUAUCACUGAGGCUGAUUUGGUGGCAGGAAAUGGCUACAGAAAGAGACUUGUUCGAGUUAGAAAUUCUGGCAAGCUUCAAGGGAUUGUAGUGGUUGAAAAAACUCAGAUGAGUGAGCAGUACUUCCCAGCCAUCCAGAAGUUCACUGUGCUGGACCUUGGGAUGGUGUUGCUUCCUGUGGCCAAUCAGAUCGAAGCUGCCCGCCUCAUUGUCCAGUUAGUUGAAGAGCAAACCAAAGAGCCCAGGAGGAACCCUUUCCUGAAGCAGCAGCGGGCCUCGCUCUCCGAGCCCUCCCUGGUGCAAACUGUGCAGCAGAUCCCAGGAGUGGGAAAAGUGAAGGCCCCCCUCCUCCUCCAGAAGUUUUCUAGCAUCCAGCAGCUGAGCAACGCCUCUGCCCAAGAGCUUGAGCAAGUGGUGGGACACAUGGCAGCACAGCAGAUUCAUGACUUCUUCACCCAGUCCAGGCGACCGCAGGCCUCACAUCUAACCUAGGGUUAGACCGCAAACUGCAGGUUUUCAGAUUUAAAAACCAAGAACCAAAGCCUUCCUCCCACAGCACCACGUGAAGGACAGGGGAGGCCUGCUGCUCCCUUGGGGUCUGUGUUAGGAGAGUGGGGCUCAGAUGUCACCACCCACAUUCUGCUAAGGUGAAAGGGCCAGUGGGGUUCUGCUGAGUGUAAGGGACUCUCAUCCUCAGCAAAAAGCCAGGGAGGGCUGGUUUGUAUGAGCAGCCUUGACCUUGAGCGGCUGUCAAGGUCAGCUGACAGUCCACAGAGAACGGCUAUAGUGAAGCACUGUGGACUGCAGGCCCCUUGCCAUUCAGGUCUCUGCGCUCUGCUCGUGCCUGUGCUCAGGGCCACUGUCAAGGUAAAUAAACAAGUGUACAGCAGUCCAUCCUUGCUUUCUUUGUCCUCCAUUUUCUGCCUUUCCUCUUUCUGGGUUUUUGGAGGGAGAGACUAGCCAUAUAAUUUGCCUAGAAUCUGAAAGCUUGGAGUCUGAAAUUCCCCAUUUAAAGAUGAAAACUCAAUGUGUAAGGAAGAAAAGAGUUCUUUUCUACUAUG